UACUGAUUUAUUUAGAGGAAUUUUAAGUUAAAGGUUUUUAAACUUGUUUAUUAUUGUUAAGAUGUUUUGAAGCAAUCCCGACAUCGCAGGGAACAGUUUAAUUGUUCAAGAAAACAUUGUCCUUAUGGCUUGACAGCUGAAGAGGUGGGCAUGCUGAUGCAAAGUUACAAAAUUGUAAAGGAACUGCAGUCACUUUUUAGGUGUGGCAGAUAAAAGUAUUCUAAUCAGUAUUUCCAGACUUUUGAGAUUUCUACAGUUAAAACUCCUUUCUGUUUUAAAUUUGCAGAUUCACACAUACCAAUGUAAAAGAAUAAUCCCAUUGCCUGUAACACAGUAAGAGCAGUAAAUUGCAAAACUGACACACAUUUAUCUACCUUUUUUCACAACUUAAUAUGUUGCUGCUUUCAGACACUUUACCGUUAAAAACAAACACAAGUUGGAGAUGAGACUGGUUUUGUGACUCUGAAACCGCUGUACACAGGGAUAUAUGACUUAGCAUCUUUUAAAAUGGAAAUUAUCAAACUGGAAAGAUCUCUUAUGUGUAAAUCACAUCGUUCCCACAAGAGGGCAGCAGAGUACAGUUUUUAGGCUGUAGUCUAUGUUGCAAUCACGUGUCUCUUAAGACGUGCCUGACUGAAGGUGAAGCAAAUGUUUUUUUUUCCCCUAGCGCUUUCCGAGUCUGUCGUGCUAAAUGCAGCCCACAGGCAGCAUGACGGAGGCAGAGAUCGUGUCCGCAGGAGGAGUUCGCAGCAGCAGGCAAAGCUGCAACACGGUAAGGAUCCUGAACGAGAUCGAGACCAGCCUACUGGAAUGCAAAGUGUGCUUUGAGAGAUUCAGCGUGGAGCGGGUCAAGGGCAGGCCCAAGAAUCUGCCCUGCGGUCACGUGAUGUGCUGGGAAUGCCUCCGCUCUCUCGCCCACCCUCGCUUUCAGAGGCUGGAGUGCCCCUUCUGCCGCAGGCUCUGCAGCCCCGCGGAGGCGUCCGACUGUCUCGUGGUGGCCCACCUGACGGAGCUGCUCGGGGGCGGCCGCCCUCCCUGCGCGGGUUACAGCGCGGGCGGGUUUGGGACUGUGGGCCUGAAGCUUCGCGGGGCUUUCGGAGGCUGGGGGCGCUUGGUGAACCCCACGGGAGCUGCCCUUUUCGGCGGGCGGGGGGCGCUGGUAGUCGUGCAUGACGGUAGGAAGCGGGUGGGUAUCUUCAGCCUCCAGGGAGAGCGCCUCCACGGGUUCGGGCGCAAGGGGACGUUGCCCGACGAUAUCUGCUACCCCCUGGACGUCGCUGUUACGCCCGCAGGCCACAUUAUUGUGACCGACGCCGGGGAUCGCUCUGUCAAAGUGUUCACCUCCGCGGGAAGAAAUCUUUUGACCGUCAGAGAGACGUUCAAGUUGCCUUGGGGAACGGAUGCCGACGGUUCCAAUCGCAUCUUUGUCACGGAUGCGGACGCUGGGACCCUUUCUCGCCUGGUGGUGGAUUUCUGCACAAAUCUCGUCACCGGUCACCAUGUGGCCUCCUCGAAGCUGUGCUGCCCCAGAGAGAUCGCAUCCUCCAAGCUCACAGGGUCCGUAGUGGUUGUGGAACAUCUAAGAGGUUGGGAACACAGAAGCAGCACAGCCACAAGGCUCAAACUGUUCGAUAGCCAGCUCAGACUGCUAUCUCAGAUCGACACCUUUGGAUUCAGUUUGGUGGCUCCAGUUCAAAUGAAUGUCUCCGCGGUGGCCUUUGACAGCGAAGACAACGUGAUUGCAGCUGAUGGCAGCCGGAGAGUGGUGGUGUGCUUGGGGAAGCUCAGGGAAUCCCCUUCCUUUAUUCCACUCAUCAACCAAGGGCUGGGUCGCCCUGUAGGACUGAUCUGCACAGCGGGGAACAUGCUGGUCGUCUUGGACAGCAGCGAGCAAGCUGUGAAAAUUUACAAAGAUGGCCGAGACCAGCUGUGAACCACUUCCAAGAAAAAUUUAGAGUCAUGCAAACUGCAGACUGAGCAUAUUUAAGUGCUUGGCACUUUGUACUGCUUGUAAAAUUUCCUGUUGAAAACUAAGAAAAUCGUCACUAAUAAAAUUUUUCAUAGUAAACAUUACCGUCAUAUACAGUAGACAAAAAAGUACUGUAAAUACUUGUGAAUGGAGCAUAAAGCAUACAUAAAUAUUUCUAAGCAUAUGGUCUUUGUAUUUAUAUAUAGAGUAAACUGUAUU